AUGGCUGCCAGGUAUCAAUCUACAAAGGAAACAACAAACUUUGCCCGGAUUUGCAGGGUUGUGGUUGAUGUUAUCCCUGAACUCUUCAGGGAGCUGCUUACAGCUCAACUGUCAUCACAUGGGCUCACAAAUGAUUUAUCCAACCACAAAGCUAAGAUUUUUUCUCUUUUAAAUCAAGAACAGAAGAAAAUUCUUUAUCCUUCAACUGGUCAAUUCCAAGGUUCAGUAAAGGACUUUGAUUUGUCACUUCUCUAUCUCCUUUUGAGAAAUCUUGGAAAUAUUCCAGAUCAUCAAAAUGGAUGGGGGCAAGUUCCAGAUGCGGCAGACUGUUCAUUGGCAGCAAACAUCGACCGCCUUCGUUUGCAGCGAAACAAGGCCUACGGGCAUACAAAAACUGCUUCUCUUUCUGAUGGAGAUUUUCAGACUAGAUGGGAUGUUAUCCGCCAAAGUGUUGAGGAUAUAGAGAAAAAUCAUCUGAGAUCAGGGUUGUUUGUAGCAGAAUUGAAUAACAUACUGACAAUGACAAUGGACCCCGCUACAGAGGAGAGAUAUGUUAAAGACCUUGGAAAUAUUGAAGACACCAUCGCUGAUUUGAGAGACAAUAUCACUGCUGUCACAGAUAAUGUCACGGCUGUGAAGAGUGAUGUCACUGCUGUGAAGGAUGACGUCACUGGAAUGAAGGAUAAAGUCGGUGCUGUGAGGGAUGAUGUGACUGCUGUAAAGAAUGAUGUCAGUUCUGUUAGGGAUGAAGUCACUGCUGUGAAGGAUGAUGUCACUGGUAUGAAGGAUAAAGUCGGUGUUGUGAGGGAUGAUGUGACUGCUGUAAAGAAUGAUGUCACUACUGUGCAGGAUAAUGUCGAUGCUAUGAGGGGUGAAGUUGGUGUUUUGAAGGAUGAUGUCACUGCUGUGGGGGGUAAAGUCAGUGCUGUGAGUGAUGAUGUCACUGUGGUGAAGAAUGCUGUCACUGCUGUGCAGGAUGAUGUCAGUGCUGUGAGGGGUAAAGUCGGUGCCUUGAAGUAUGAUGUCUCUGCUGUGAGGGGUGAAGUCACUGCUGUGAGGGAUGAUGUUGAUGCUGUGAAGGAGGAUGUCACAGCAGUGAGGGAUGAUGUGAAGACCGCGAAAGAUCUUUUUUUCUCAUCAAAUGGAGAAAUCCAUGCUGACCUAAGACCUUUGAUUGUUAAAACCAAAGAGAGGAUCACAACAGAUAAAAAGAAGAAAAAGUUCUUGGAGACCAAAGGGUUUCGUGAUGCUCAAGAGAAACUAAAAAAGAACAGAGUCAUAAUGAUCAAGGGUAAUACAGGAGAUGGCAAGACUUCAAUUGCCAUUCAACUCAUGGACUGGUUGAUCAAGGAGCAGCAAUGCAGACAACCUCUUCAGCUUCAUGAAAUCAAGAAAUUAGAGAAAAUGUCUCCAAACUUGCGUUUGGUGACUUUAAUUGAUGAUAUUUUUGGAGAGAAAGAUGUUGAACGCAAUGACGUACGAGAGUGGAACAAAAGAAUCACUGAUAUAGAAACUCUUUUUGCUGAUGAACAAACCUAUCCCAAUUUUUUAAUUGUAACUAUUCGUAAUGAAAUAUAUAAUGUUUUGGCAAAGUGGUCUUUGGAACCAGUUUUCACCAAACAUAAUACUAUUGACCUGAGUUCGGACACAUACAGGAUUUUAGAGGAAAGAAAAAACCUUCUUAAAAUGUAUACACCAAACAAUUAUGAAUGGGAAGAGAAAGAAACAGAAGAUAUUUUGAAAUGUGCAUCGAGCAUUGGGUUUCCACAGUGCUGCAACAUUUUCUAUAACUCUGAGGAAUUGCAGAAAAGUCGUGGGAAAUUUUUUGAGAAACCUUUUAAAGUUUUAAUUGAAGCAUUGUCAAGAUUACCACAAUGUUCUGCCAUUUUGUUUCUUUUCUUCAAUGGAGGGAAUGUAAAAGUUAAUGAUUUAGACCCAAACAGUGAUAAAAUCAACAAAACAUUGCUAGAGGAAUCAUUUGAUAUUAAUCUGAUUGAUGGUGAGGAUGACAGAACAGCAUUGACUUACAAGCAGAAAGUAGGAUUUGUAAAAGAAAGUUUAGACAGAUUACUAGGAUUUUUAGUAGUGAAGGAGGAAUAUUGGUCUGGUGAUGAAGUGUACAGAUUUAAUCAUGAUUCUGUACAUACCACAGUAGCUCUUUUGUAUGGGAACAAAACCCCAAUUGGUUAUAUACAAAAUUGUCCAGUGAAAUCCCUCGGUUAUCUCACGCUUGCAGAAACAUCGUCUGAUAUGAUUGUCAUAUCACCAGAUCAUUAUACAUAUCUGCGAGAACGUCUAGUGAGAGAGUUUGAGUGUGAGAAAUAUCUUCAUGAUAUUAAGUCUCUAGAUGUAUGGAAAGAUCCUGAAUUUGUUGUAAGCUUUGUCGAAUUGUUAAAUGAGAGAAAAGUUGAUAAACUUGCUGUGUUAAAUAGAGCAUGUCUUCAUGGUUUAAAAGAAUGUGGUUUAUAUCUUCUGAGUGAGGGAGUCAAACCAGAUGAGUACACAAACUGGUGGUCAUUGAUUACAGGAGGUGAUGAGUAUAGUGUGUUUGGUCGUGGUGAGGGAGAUGUGGAUGUACUUAAGAAAGUCUUUAAAUACCUGAAUGAUAAGAAAAAACUUGACUUGUUAAAUGAAGCAUGUCGUUCUGGUUCAAAAGAAUGUGGUCUACAUCUUCUGAGUGAGGGAGUCAAACCUGACAAGGACACAAACUGGUGGUCAUUGAUUACAGGAGGUGAUGUGUCUAGUUGUGGCAAAGGAGAUGAGGAUGUACUUAAGAAAGUCUUUAAACACCUGAAUGAUAGGAAGAAACUUGAAUUGUUAAAAUUAGCAUGUCGUUCUGGUUCAAAAGAAUGUGUUUUAUAUCUUCUGAGUGAUGGAGUGGAACCUGACAAUUACACAAAGUGGUGGUCAUUAAUUACUGGAGGUGAUGGGUAUAGUAAGGGAGAUGUAGAUGUACUUAAGAAAGUUUUUAAAUACCUGAAUAAUUAUAAAAAACGUGUCUUGUUCAAUGAAGCAUGUCGUUAUGGUUCAAAAGAAUGUAUUUUAUAUCUUUUGAGUGAGGGAGUAAAAUCUGACAAGCACACAAAGUGGUGGUCAUUGAUUACAGGAGGUAGUCAGUAUAGUAAGGGAGAUGUGGAAGCACUUAAGAAAGUUUUUAAAUACCUGAAUGGUAAGGAAAAACUUGACUUAUUAAAUAAAGCAUGUCAUUCUGGUUCAAAAGAGUGUGUUUUGUAUCUUUUGAGUGAGGGAGUCAAACCUGACAAUAAAACACUGCUGUUUGUGGUGAGUGAAAGGAGUGUCGAAUUGUUAUGUAAACUACUACUGUAUGACGCCACUGUAUCAUGGAGGGAUGAGAACAAUCACAAUAUCCUACAUGUGGUGUGUCGGUGGGAGAGAGAAGAGAUGGUGACUGAGUUAUGUGAUAAGUGUCCAGACUUGGUACAUGACACUAAUAAUCAUCUACGAACCCCGCUUCAUGUAGCGGCAAGGAAGGGAAACUUAUCUAUAUUCCAGACAGUGGAGAGAACUACACUUAAAACCUUGGAUAAACAGUGUGGGACAGACAAACAUGUUGUACACAGGGAUUGUGAAUGGGGUCAGUACAUGUCUAAGUUAGUGGAUAAUGUAGGAAGGACAGUUUUACAUAUCAGUUGUAGGUGGGGAAACCAGGAGAUAUGUGUGUAUUUAUGUGAGAAAUACCCAUUACUGAUCAAAGCAGUAGAUGGUAAAGGACAGACUCCAUUACAUGUGAGUUGUAUGAAUGGGAAGAGGGAGAUUUGUGUUCAUUUAUGCGAGAAAUUUCCAUCACUGACCGCAGCUGUAGACAACCGUGGCCGUCAUUGUCUACAUUACAUAGCUGAGUCAUAUAGACAAGAUGUAGACAAGUUCACUGAGUGUGAGACUCACGUCAAACAAUACAUAGAAUCAACAGGAUGUAAGUAUGACAUCACAACCAUACUUGACAGGGAGGGGAAAAGUGUUUUAGACAUGGUGAAAGAAACGGAAAAGAGAUUGGAGAAGGAAAGAGAAAUGGGAAGGUGGUGGUUGGCCUAUGACAACCGUUUGUAUGAUCAUCUUAUCAAAGUGUUCGGUAAAUAAAUAUACAGGUGAUUUUUUUUCUAUGAAAUGUCCAUUGAUAAUCAAUACAAACCAUUAACAUCCAUCAUGUCGCCAGUCCAGGUGAUGAUGCUGAGUUGUUGUUAUGAGGGAAAAUCUAUCAAUUAUGAUGACUUUCUGUACGAGUUUGACGAUCGUAUUCACGCUGUGAUAGAAAUAGACAUAAAUAUGUCUUCGACCAGAUUCGAGUGAUCGGUGUCUAUUUCGCUGGAAAAUAUUCUGAUCAUACGUAUCUGAAUGCCAUGGCCCUGGUCAGGAUUAAC